AUGCGACAGAUAGUGGUUGUGCUUUGGUCUACGCUGUUAUUCCGAGUCUGUGUGGCUUCAAGUAGUCCAGAAAGUAACAAGGAGUCUUUGUCCAAAUCAAAGUCUCUGGCCAAGUCAGAAGCUAAAGAAGAUUCUAGUGAAAGUCCGAUAGGAAAUGGUCUUGCUGAGUAUUCUGAAGAUAUUCUUGCUCGUUCGGGUGAAGAUAAGGUUGAUAAUGGUGUUGAAGAAAGUGUUGAUGAUGGUGUUGAUGGUGGUGUUGAAGAGCCAAAUACUGGAAUGGUUGAUGAAUCGACCGAAUCUACUCCGCCUCCCAAAACUAUUGUCUCCUUAAAGAACGCACCGGGCAAUACCAUUAUACCUUUCGUGGGCAAGGCAGAUACGAUCAGCCCGCCUUUGCCAGCUAUAACCGUUAAGCAGAUGGCUGGGGCUUGGUCACUUAUUAUGUUGGAAACCCAGCAAAGUAUUGAUGACUUGGAAAAGAAACGACAAGAUGAUUACUCACGCGAUCCUGAGGCGUUUAUUGACUACCACGGCGUAAAGAUAGCUAUUUGGUAUAUUGCUAAAGACUAUCCUGACUUGAACACUGCUUCUUCUCAAAAAACAGAUAAUACUCCCAAACCCGAUCUACAUCCUUUGGAUAUUCCUAAGGUUAUAAACCCCCCUUCAGCUUCUGGAAACGAAUCAAUCCGAGCCAAUAGUCCUGAGCGCUACCCACAAAUAACUCCACUUCCCCCCCUAGAGCUCUCUGAAACUGAGUCUUCGACUGGCUCUUUAACUCCACCGCCUCCUCUAGACUCUUUGCCGCAACAUGAUUCAGCAUACGACUCCUUAGUGGGUCCUUCAACUCAAUCUUUAAUUAAUGCGGCACUCCCCUCUAUAAGCACGCCUUCACUCAUUCCCCGACGCGAAAAGUCCCGGUCAACUCAUAACAGGCCUCCCGCCGAAUUCAAUCCUACCGCUGAUGAUCCGAUGGACUCAGUCCAAGUAAUCCAAUACCCUUGGGAAAAUGCCACCAAAACCUCCAAAAUUCCGCGAAUUCAGCCCAUUCACCGUCCUCCAGCAUCAAAAGCCCAAAAGGAGACCCAAUCAAAGAUUAAGCCCAAGCUAAAAGAACGAAACAAAGCCAAGUCUCGAUCAAAAAAGGAUAACGAGCCCUUUCACCAGCCAGAAUUAGACCCUGAAGUAGUAACCCAACUAAAAGAUAUUCAUAUGCCUUUCGCGACUAUUGACCGAAUGAAGCAGAAUAAGAUUCCUCUCAAUCAAACGGCGGGUGCCACUCCCAAAGAACUUCAGGAGGUCAAGCAAAACCUCCGGAGCAUCUCAGGGGCUCAACAUAUAUCUCCUGCCGCUCUUGAGGCUUUAAGAGAGGCGGCUGCUAUAUCUCAGUCUUACAAACCCAACAAAGACACUCAAUCCAGUCCCGGUUCUAAUAUUAACUCAUCCGAAGAAAACAUUGUUGAACCCGACUCUGACUCUCAUUCCUACACCCAGUCUGAAUCCGAAUCUCAGCACUCCGACUCCUACGGCCACUCCGGCACCAAUACUAACCCCAGCACCUCCCGCACAAGCACACCCGAAUACCUCUCUCCCGAACUCAAUGGAUCUAAUGAGUCCUCUGAAUCCGGUGAGUCUAUUGAACGUAUUGAACCCAAUGAAUCCAGCAAAUCCGACGAACCCAAUGAAUCCAGUAAAUCCGAUGAACCCAAUGAAUCCAGUAAAUCCGACGACCCCAAUGAAUCCAGCAAAUCCGACGAACCCAAUGAAUCCAGUAAAUCCGACGAACCCAAUGAAUCCAGCAAAUCCGACGAACCCAAUGAAUCCAGCAAAUCCGACGAGCCUAAUGAAUCCAGUAAAUCCGAUGAACCCAAUGAAUCCAGCAAAUCCGACGAACCCAAUGAAGAAAACGAGCAAACUAAAACCAGUACUAACCCAUUCGAAAACACCACCGUUAUGCCUACAACCCCUGAACCAGACCCCAGCACUCCGAGCAAAGGCCCAACUGAUUCUAGCCAAGACUACCAGGACCUUAUUGUCGUUGAAUCACCCAACCCAAGCGAGCCCUAUGCCUUUAUCCGCCAGCCCACCGGCCAUGAAUACCACAUUGUUAAGGACUACCAAUACCUCCAAGAAUAUCUUAAGAAAAGACCCGCAAACAGCAACGAAACACCCAAACUACAUGGAUUUAUUAUCCUUGGUCCCGUCUAUGAACCAUCCGAAAAUCCAACUCGCGAACUAACUGCCUACAAAACAGCCGACCCUAUUGAUUAUGCUAUUUCCAUCUGCUACAAAUGCACCAGCAAAUACAUCAACCAAUUAGGAUCCCUAUCCGAACAACUCGGAAGCACAAUCAGUCUCCACCGCAUCCCAGGCUCCAUGCCCAUUACCCUGUCUGAUAUUCUUACCCACUGUCCCAACUGCGCCCAUUUGUUAAACGACUCAUCCAAGCAUGCGUGCAUUAAGGCUCUCCAAUCUGGCCACCCCAUGCUUCUUUGGGACGCUAUCCAAUAA